CCACCUGAGGACAGACGAGACAACAGCUCAGCCCAGAGUCACUGCUGCCAACACAGAGGAAGACAUGGUGUCAAUCAAAGCUUCAGUCGUGGUGCUCACGCUCCUCUCCGCUUGUCUGCUGGCAACAAACGUUUCUGCAGUGUAUCAUGGAUGUUGUCGACAUUACACAACAAACAAAAUACCAUUUCAUAAAAUCAAGGGGUACUCAGUCCAGACUGUCACAGAAAUGUGUCAUAUCAAUUCCAUCAUUUUCCACACAAGGAAGGGUAAAGCGUGCAUGAAUCCUGCUCACAACUGGGUAAUGGACUACGUCAACCGUUUAAGGACUAAAGCACAAAUGGUUCACAACAAGACAUCACAAGCUCAUGGGUAGAGUUAUUCUGCCUAUUGAGGAGGGAUGGUGGAGCCGAAACUGUUUAUCUGCCUGUUAUCCAGUAACCAAAGAUGUUCCACAGUUUAAUCAUUCAGUGAAUUCCUGUUUGAAGCCAGUAUAAAAAAAAAAAGCAUACUUUAAUACAUGCAUCAGCUCAGUUGUAAGAGCAUUGUAUUAUAUUAUUUUAACAUUUUUAUAUUGUUUGCAUUAUAAAAGGUUGUAUAUGUACCUGUUUUUUUACAUAAAACCAUUAAAGCUUUUU